UCUGAAAGGUGGUGGGGACGCUUUCAGCAAACAGCACUUUGCUAAAAAGUGUAAGCCUUCCACAACCAAAAAAUAAUCAUGUCAGACGCACCAGAGAUGAAGGCUACCCAGAAGCAAAUGGCAGACGCUCGCAUCCCUCUCGAGUACCGCGAUUACUGCGCACAUCUUCUCAUUCCUCUCAACAAGUGCAGAGGAGAAACGUUUUAUCUCCCCUGGAAGUGCGAAAACGAGCGUCACAGCUACGAAAAAUGUCAAUACGAAGAUUAUAAACGACGCAUGCGCGUACUCGACAAGGCUCGCCUUGCAGAAGAAGAUGCAUAGAUUUAUUAUGUUGCUUUUGAUAUCUCUACGCCACCCUUUGCAAUAUUCAUACAGCUAGAACUACAAAAUUAAAAAAAUUAAAAAGUACGUCUACAAGAUUGGAUGGUGUGGACCAAAAUAGUAUUAAGUUAUAGAGUUGGCUGACUAGCUUGCCGGAAAGGCCAUUAGCUUGUCAAUGAAUGUAUCAAGAUACAUCUCGGCAAACGACUCUACGUAGUA